GCAGAAAGAGAACCCAGAGGGUGACACUCCCAGGCCAGCCCCUUAAGUGCUGCUCCUCCCAUCUCCAGGUUCCUGAAUCAGACACCCUUUCGUUCCCAUUCAUUUGCCCUGAAUCACACUCCAGAGGCACAGGAAAAUUCACUAAAAAGCCACUAUUUUUUAAAACUGGUUUAUCGACCUAAAAUUCGGAAUUUUCAGGAUAAUUCAAUUCAGAUUCGAAUCCGAAUGGGAACGAUAUCGGAGCAAUGCAGGUUGAAUGCGCGCUCAAAUGGAAACGAUGUACCCAUGAUUCGCGUCCUGAUCCACGUUAUAGGCCAGUGGGAAUGGAACCUUGGAGAUUUUUUUUAAUGCAAGUACUUGAGAAGAGAGAUUGUCUGCCUUUUUCUCACAGGGACAACACAGGUUACCACAUGGGCAUUUGUGUGCUUGCUUUAAAUGUUUGCUAUUGCUACCAAAGUAAUUUCAUCCUGGUUCCAAUUUAUUUCUAGUGUCACUUGAGUAUGUUCUCUCUUGAAAAAGGAGAACCUGAAAAUGUACAGGUUAGGCAUUUAAAAAAAAAAAAAGGGGGGGGGGACAAGUAAAGUGACCAAGGAAAUACAAACAGAGCAAGCAUAAGAGUUCAAGGUACAACAAUUUUCAGUGUCUCACUCUGCAAUGUCAAAAAUUUGGGAAUUGAAAGAAAAUGUAAUUGGGGGGAGUCUUAUUUUGGGAGACAAUACUUUAAUUUUGCCCUCACUAUAAUGACACUUCUGACUGAUACUACUGAGAGGCAUCUCAGAAUGCUUGAGGCCCAUGGGUGAGCAGAGAAUGUCAAGGAUAAGGGAUUAAAAUGGGGCAAGGGGAGAGGAAUGGUAUUUGUAUCUUUAAAAUUCAGGCAGCCCAAAGUUCCUAGUGCAAAGGGACAGGUGAAGAGCAAUCAGACUAGGGACUCAGGAAUUGCUAUUCCAAAACCAACUGACCAACCAACAAAAACACAAAAAACUUCAGGUGACAGGGCUGUGGCGGAAAUGCACUUUUUUGAAGCACGAUCCUCUCUGCUCUGCAUGCCCAGAAUCAACAGCUUUGCUCUUCCACUUUCUGUGUUAUUCCCACAGGCUGUGAUGAUAAAAGUGACUGGAUGCAAGCAAGUCACCAAAUUCAUAUCACAAGUUAUGCAUUUCUUCCUUCUCUCCCCUCCGCCACUCCCCCCCAGCCAAUUCCUUCCACUCUGUUCACUUACAUUUUCCCAUAUGGUGACUUUGGAAAAUUCCUCUCUGCAUAGGAAAAGACAGGAAAUGCUCUUUGGGAGAGAGAAGGUUGCCUAUUUCUCUCUCUCUCUCCCUCUCCCUUUCUAGUUGAGCUGAUCACAUCUGGAAAGGAUCUGACUUGGGAAGGGGAGAAAGUGUUCGGCACUUGGAGUGAAUGUAAUUGACAUGGCAUGAGUAAACAGAGCAUUUUUGCGGGACAAGAGAAACACUGUUCUCCAGAUUCUUUUAUCCUUAUCAAGUAAGAAGAGUGGAAAUGUACCUACAGUUCAGAUCCCUGUUUCCUGUGCUGUGGUUGUUGAUGCUUAGCUCCAGCAAGAUUCAAGGUCAGAAGAAUGAAGACAGCAAUGAGUUCCCAGAAAAUUCAUCUGAGCUACUUGAUCUGGAACUCAAUUCCUUGGCUCCACAGUGCCCCAAAAAAUGUGCUUGCAGCCCCGAAGGAAUUGUGGAUUGUGGAGGGUUUUCAUUGAAAGAAUUUCCCAUCGAUAUACCAGAAAUGACAAGCCAUCUUUCCUUACAGAAUAACCAGAUUGAAGAAAUAUUUCCAGAAGAGCUUGCUCGUCUCUACAGGCUAGAAACACUCAACUUACAAAACAACCGACUUACUUCCAAAGGACUUCCAGAGGAGGUAUUUGACCAGCUGGAAAACCUAAAUUAUCUGUACCUUGCAAAUAACCAGCUCACAGUGGCUCCAAAAUUCCUCCCGAGGACUUUGAUCAGUGCAGAUUUCGCAGCCAACAAUCUCACAAAGAUUUAUGAUCUCACAUUUGGACAGAAGCCAAACCUGAGGUCAGUGUAUCUUCACAACAAUAAACUUGAAGAUGCUGGGUUACCAGAGAGCAUGUUCAAUGGCUCUGACAAUGUGGAGGUCUUGAUCAUGUCCAGCAAUUUUUUAAAAUAUGUCCCCAAGAAUCUGCCACCAGCACUGUAUAAGCUGCAUCUAAAGAAUAACAAGUUGGAGAAGAUACCCAAAGGAGCAUUCAGUGAGCUCUCAGGACUUCGAGAGCUGUAUUUGCAGAACAACAAACUAACAAAUGAGGGCAUGGACAAUGAAACCUUCUGGAAACUGUCAAGUCUAGAGUACCUAGAUUUGUCCAGCAAUAAUCUCUCCCACAUCCCAAGUGGUUUACCUAGAAACAUCGUCCUUCUCCACCUAGAGAAGAAUGCAAUUAAAUCAAUUGGCAAGGAUGUCUUGACACAGAUUAAGAACCUGGAAUACCUGCUUCUUCAUAAUAACAAACUGAAGGCCCGCGGGAUCCAUCCACAGGCUUUUCAAGGUCUGAAGAAAUUGCACACUGUCCAUUUGUAUAACAACCAGCUGGAAAAAAUUCCUAGUGGGCUACCCAGACGGGUGAAAACUCUGAUGAUUCUUCAUAACCAGAUCUCAGAAAUUAGCAGGAAUGAUUUUGCUACCACUUAUUUUAUGGAGGAAUUAAACCUGAGUUACAACAAGAUCACCAGCUCGCAGAUUCAUCGGGAGGCCUUCCGUAAGCUGAGGUUAUUGAAGUCCUUGGAUUUUUCAGGCAAUAAUCUGCAAACCAUGCCUUAUGGCUUCCCAAAGAACCUGCAAAGCUUAAAGCUAAAAGUGAAUGAGAUCAGCUCCAUUCCCAGGGGUACCUUAUCUGGAAUGUCAAAGCUUCAAGAGCUGUAUCUGAGUAACAACAAACUCAAAAUCAGUUCAAUUUAUAGUGGAUCAUGGCGAGACCUCACCAGCCUCAAGACUUUAGAUAUGGCUGGCAACCAGUUGACUUCCAUUCCUUCUGAUUUGCCAGAAUCCUUGGAAUAUCUUUACCUCCAGAACAAUAGGAUCACCACUGUGCCAGAGGAUGCCUUUGAAUCCACACCCAACAUAAAAGGAAUCUAUCUCAGGUUUAACAAGAUUGCAUUCAAUGCUGUAAAGGAAACCACCUUUCAAAGACUGAAGCAUCUGCAAGUUCUGGACAUUGAAGGAAAUUUUGAAUUCAGUGAUCCUUGGAAGAAUGGCGAUCAUUCUGAGGAAGACAUGGAGGAGGAGGAAGAAGAGGGAGAACAGGAGCUGGAGGAAAAAUGAAUUGAAUCAUGCAUAUUAUAUGGUAGAGGAUUACCUUAAAUGAUUUUCUAAGGGGAUAUGACUACACUGUCUCUUUCCUUGACCCAAUCUCCUGUGGCAAAAAUCUCUUUCUGACCCAAUCCUAUGAGUGGAUAAGUUAGCAAAUAAAUCUCUAUAAAUGGACAUAAAUCUGGCAAUAUUACAAGAUGAUCAGGAUGACACAGGGAUGACAAUGUUUUUGCCAACACAGUACUGUCAAUUCUAUCAUGGCUUUCUGGCAAAACAUAGAUAACUCCUAUUAUGCACAUCAUGCCAUAUGUUGGUUGUGCAUUGCUUGUGAUGACACCAGUUUCCAUUUUGGAUUUUGUAUCACAUAUAUGUACAAUUAACCAAGCUGUGGAUCCUCUAUGGUAAUGUUUAUGGUGCAGUGAAAGCAGCUUCCUGUGCAUUGUACACUGUCUGUAUUUGUGAAGGCACAUAAAGACGUAUUUUUCUCUAGCUACUUUCCAACAUAGGAAGCUGCUUUAUAUUGACAGUCCCUCUAGCUGUGUCUCAUUCACAGCAUGCUGACUGACAGUGGCUGUAAGGUUUCAGACUGGUGGGAAAUGAGAGCCUUUCCAACCUCUAACUGUGGAUGCCAAAGACUGAACCUGGGAUCUUCUUCUCUGUGUAAAGCACAGAGUUUUCCUCCAGUCUCCAAGACUGCAAAUGAGCUACAGCUCAUCCCCAAUCUUUAACACUUCCUUUCUCCAAAGGCCUGUAAAAAACAGGAUAUGGAUAUUCUUUGAAAGAUAACUCUGACACCCAUUCUGUGAAUGCGCAAGGGCUCCUUUGGUGGGAAGCUUUUUAAAAUGGGAAAAUACCGAUACUAAAUUGUUUUGCUUAUAGAUUAUCCUUCUUGCCCAUCUUGGAUUAUGGGGGUAGGGCAGAAUUCAUAAAAUACAAAUACUUACAUUAUUAGCCUGAUCUGCCUUAAAUUCUGAUCCCUUGCUUAAUAGCACUUAGAUUGAGGGUCUCCAGAAUCAAAAAGAAAUUAGGUGGGAUAAAAAUUUAAAGAGUACAUACAUGAAACUCUGAUUUCAUGUCUUGCAGGCACUAUUUCAGUCAAACAGCUUGUAUCCCCAUGUUUAUGUAUCUACCUAUAUCUAUCUGUAUGUCUAUAGUUAUACAGAGAGCCCUUAACGGAAAGUGCAACAAAUUAUGUGAUUGGUUUCUGUGACGGUUGCUGAGGCCAGUUAGUUUGCUAAUACUGUACUGUAUAAGAAGGAAGAGAUCUUCAAAUGUUAUUAUGGACCUUCUACUUCAUUUUCUCCAAGUAUUUUCUGAAUCGUCAAGACUGGUGUGGAAUCUACAAAAGCUGGCUUUUGUUUCCUUUCUACUUCUUCCAUCGUUUUCAUCUACAAACAACAAUGAGACUCUUUAAAGUGAAUACCCCAGAACAGAACUAUAGGGUCACCAACAUUUAAUGAACCACUGCAUUCAGAUGGGAACACCAUCGGGUGACAGUUACUGACCAGCACAUGGGGCGCUUCUGCCCCCUUUUUGCUUAUGUUCAAUAUGUAUAUUUGGAUUUUUUUAAAAGUCAUAUUACGGCUGGACCCCAUUUAUAAUUUAUCCUAGUUCCCAAAGCCUGCAGUCUGCAUCCACCUUUAUGAAGGUUUAAAAUAGCAAAUUAUUGUGUUUUGUGAAAAUUAAAAUAUAUUUUUGCUUUUUGUCAGACCUGUAUGUGUGUAUACAUGUAUGUAUGCGCAAAUGUGUAGGGUGUUUGCUAAUACCCUUUGGAAGGAAGAUCCUCAUAAUAAUAUGAUGAAAUCAUAAUGGAAAUGUAAUGUGAAAAGUGCUACUGUUUCUUCCAAUACAGUAAUUGGCUGGAGAUGUAACAUGAUUUUGAAGAGGAGGGAAAAGUGAUUUGAAAUUUACUUUCCGUAGGAUAUACAUACAUUUAUUUUGUCCUAUUGAUGUCUCUGAUCAAACAGAUGAUGCCAGGAUUUGUUAUUUUUUUAA